AUGUCAACAUACAAUAGCUCUGCCUUCCAGCCAGCUGUCUUCAUUCUGACAGGUCUGAGAGAACUCGUAGGGGCUCGCCUAUGGUUGGGUCCACUCCUGAGUCUAAUGUAUGUCAUCACUUUUAUUGGCAAUUGCACAUUAUUAUAUCUGGUGAAAAUUGAGCACAGCCUCCAGGAGCCACAGUACUUAUUUCUAUCCAUGUUGGCUGGGGCUGAUAUUGGUCUAUCUAUCUCAACAUUAUAUUCUGUAUUUUUGGUCUAUAUUCUUGGCAUUAAUGAAAUUACAUUUGAUGGUUGCCUCACUCAGCUCUUCUUUAUCCACACUUUCUCCUCUAUGGGUUCAGGAAUCCUCUUGGCUAUGGCUUUUGACCGCUUUGUGGCCAUCAGUCACCCACUGCAUUAUACCACCAUCCUCACCCACACACGCAUUGCCAAAAUGGGACUGGCAACUUUCCUGAGGGGUGUUGCUCUCAUGACUCCACUGCCUAUUCUUCUCAAGAGGCUUCCUUUUUGCAAGGGUCAGACACUAGCCUACUCUUACUGCCUUCACCCAAAUGUAAUGAAGCUAGCUUGUGGUCGUGUCAAGAUCAACAUCUUCUAUGGUCUGGUGCUUGUUCUUUGCUCCUUUGGACUGGACUCUGUGCUCAUUGGUCUUUCCUAUGUUCUUAUCCUAAGAGCUGUUUUAGGUAUUGCCUCUAGAGAGGGAAGAUUCAAGGCACUCAACACCUGCAUUUCUCACAUUUUCAUUGUUCUCAUGUAUUAUAUGCCACAUCUUUCAAUUACAUUAAUGCACCGUAUUCCCCACCAAAGCUCACCACUGACCCAUGCUGUCUUGGGAAAUCUUUAUCUCUUCAUGCCUCCACUGGUUAAUCCCAUAGUGUAUAGCCUUAAAACCAAACAAAUUCGUGCUGCCCUCCAAAAGACAUUCAAGGCAUGGAGGAAAUGA